CUAGGAUCUGACUGAUGAGAUGUGUCCCUAUGAAGGCAUUCCACGGUGACAUUUUUAGCAUGGGCUGAGAUGCUGAACUUCCACUAGAGGGCUGGUGAAAAUGGGAGCCUGGAUGAAUCUUAGGGAGCUGGUGGCAGCCAGGAGGAGAGGACUUGGCAGGUCUGAGCCAAUGCAGCUGUGGAGUGUGUAAAUGGCCCCUGGAGUCCUACCUGCCCUGUCCGUCAUGAUCCAGAGGCUGUGGGCCAGCCGUCUGUUGCGGCAUUGGACAGCCCAACUCCUGCUGGUCAACCUGCUGACCUUUGGCCUGGAGGUGUGCCUGGCUGCUGGCAUUACCUACGUGCCACCCCUUCUACUGGAAGUGGGGGUAGAGGAGAAGUUCAUGACCAUGGUGUUGGGCAUUGGCCCAGUGCUAGGCCUGGUCUCUGUCCCACUCCUAGGCUCAGCCAGUGACCAGUGGCGUGGGCGCUAUGGCCGCCGGAGGCCCUUCAUCUGGGCCUUGUCCCUGGGCGUCCUCCUGAGCCUCUUUCUCAUUCCAAGGGCUGGCUGGCUGGCAGGGCUGCUGUGCCCUGACACCAGGCCCCUGGAGUUGGCCCUGCUGAUUCUGGGAGUGGGGCUGCUCGACUUCUGUGGCCAAGUGUGCUUCACUCCACUGGAGGCCUUACUCUCUGACCUUUUCCGGGAGCCAGACCACUGCCGCCAAGCCUUCUCCGUCUAUGCCUUUAUGAUUAGCCUCGGGGGCUGCUUAGGCUACCUCUUACCUGCCAUUGACUGGGAUGCCAGUGCCCUGGCCCCUUACCUAGGCACCCAGGAGGAGUGCCUCUUUGGCCUCCUCACCCUCAUCUUUCUUACUUGCAUGGCAGCCACUCUGUUCGUGGCUGAGGAGGCAGUGCUGGGCCCACCAGAGCCAGGAGAAGGACUGUCAGUCCCCUCUGUGUCACUCCGCUGCUGUCCAUGCCAUGUCCGCCUGGCUUUCCGGAACCUGGGUUCCCUAUUCCCUCGGCUGCACCAGUUGUGCUGCCGCAUGCCUCGCACCUUGCGCCGGCUCUUUGUUGCUGAGCUGUGCAGCUGGAUGGCACUCAUGACUUUCACACUGUUUUACACGGACUUCGUGGGAGAGGGCCUGUACCAGGGUGUUCCCAGAGCUGAGCCAGGCACUGAGGCCCGGAGACACUAUGAUGAAGGCAUUCGAAUGGGCAGCCUGGGGCUCUUCCUGCAGUGCGCCAUCUCCCUGUUCUUCUCUCUGGUCAUGGACCGGCUGGUGCAGCGAUUUGGCACACGGGCAGUCUAUUUGGCCAGUGUGGCGUCCUUUCCUGUGGCUGCUGGUGCCACGUGCCUAUCCCACAGCGUGGCCGUAGUGACAGCCUCAGCUGCCCUCACCGGGUUCACCUUCUCCGCCCUGCAGAUCCUGCCUUACACGCUGGCCUCCCUCUACCACCGUGAGAAGCAGGUGUUCCUGCCCAAAUACCGAGGGGAUGCUGGAGGUGGUGGCAGUGAGGACAGCCAGACGACCAGCUUCCUACCAAGCCCCAAGUCAGGAACUCCCUUCCCAAAUGGACAUGUGGGCCCUGGCAGCAGCAGCCUGCUGGCACCUCCACCUACGCUCUGUGGGGCCUCUGCCUGUGAUGUCUCCUUGCGAGUGGUGGUGGGCGAGCCACCUGAGGCCAGGGUUGUUGCUGGCCGGGGCAUCUGCCUGGACCUCGCCAUCCUGGACAGUGCCUUUCUGCUGUCCCAGGUGGCUCCAUCCUUGUUCAUGGGUUCCAUUGUCCAGCUGAGCCAAUCUGUCACCGCCUAUAUGAUAUCAGCCGCAGGCUUGGGACUGAUUGCCAUUUACUUUGCUACACAGGUAGUAUUUGACAAAAACGACUUGGCCAGAUACUCAAUGUAGAAUGCUUGUAACUCGAAGAGAGGGUCUGCCUCACAGGGCUCAGCCCCCAUAGGGCUGCUGCAGUGGCCUUUCCAGUUCUGUUGCUGCCAAAGUGGUGUAGGUCUCUGCUGCCACCCUGAGGCAGUGAGAUGCAUAGCUGCACAGAUAGGAACUGGGGCUUUCCUCUCUGCUUCAGAGUCUGGCGGGCCCACUGGCAGCUUCCCACAUAGAUGUCAGUCUGGAGUUCUGCAGUGAGAUGAAUGCAGGACUGUACAGGUGCGUUACCAAGGCUCAGGGUUAACAGCUAACCUCCUGGUUGAGAUAUCCAGAGAAGGGAUUUGGGGACAUAAAUAAACUCCUCCCAAGCCUUUCUAUCCUGUAGAUCUCCCCAUUGUUGCUCUUGGAUGGAAAGAGCAAAUCUUCCUCCAUAGGAUUUGACAGGAUGCAAGUUGAGAGGAAGAACCCUAGCGGGCAAAGUGAGACCCCCUUCACACCCCCCAUGAUCCACAGCACUGCCUUUCUACAAGUCCCAUCCCCCACCCUUUUCGGGACAUGGCUUGUUGAUCCUUGUGUUGCCAUCAUGGGGACACAGACCUUUAAUAUUUAACUUAUUUAUUUGACAAACUAGAAGAAAAGUCCUAUCCUUUUUAUGUUGUGCCUAGAAAUUGAGUAGGGUGAGAUCCCCAAUAACUGGAUCCCCCUGAAAUAGCUGGUCAUUGCCAGAAUCUUCUGGGGUGGUGGUUAUGGCCCCCCCAAACUGCCUAACCCAAUACCUUAAACAGUCUACUCACCCCAAUCGAGAGCCCUGAUAACCUCACCCAAAGCUGGGGCAUUGAGGGAAAGCGGAGGAGGGUACCAGGUCCCCACAGCCUACCAAAUCCUGCUUUUCUCUUGACCCAGCUUUCUCCUGACUCCCCCUUUGCUGCUUGUUGGCCUGGGCCCAUGGAGACAUUCCCUUUCUUUCCCCCUCCACCCCAACUCUCUCCACUAGCUCCAUGACCUCUCUUUGGGGCCUCAUAGGACCAGAAGCACAACACAAGUGUGGUUCCUCAGGCCGUGGGGCAUAUCUGUCACAGUUGGGGACUCUCAUACACACUCAGGAGCACUCCCCGCCAGAGCCAAGAAGCUCUUGUCUCUUGGGCGGUUUCAGUGCUGAUUGCAAUAAUGUUAUGUCUUAUUUAUUUAGCAGAGUAAAUAUUUUAUACUGUAUGUGAUAAAUCAGAGUAUAUGUUUAUGGUGAUAAAAUUAAAAGCUUAUGUGUUUAA